UGGUAUAAUUUAGGGUAUAUUUGAUUGAAUGUUUUGAUUACUAAAAUCAGCAAGUUACACUAAAGGUCUUUAUCAACAUUGAGAAGAGUAUUAAGACAAUCAGUACAAAGUUGCCAGUUAGUGCUUAAAAUGGAAAAAUGACUCGUUUGUUUACUAACAAGAGUAGCACCGCCAACUGGAGUACGGGAGAUAACACUUGAUGAAAAACCUGUGCAGUGUUAUAAAGGUAAAAAAUGAUGCUAAGUUGUGGUGUAAGUCGACUCAUAGUUCGUCACCUGAGAACAGGUGUUGCCAGCACUGCUCAAGUCCCCCAAGUGUGUAUUGUUGGUAGUGGUCCAGCUGGCUUCUAUACUGCUCAACAAAUACUAAAGAGCCAUGCAGCAGCACAAGUUGAUAUGUAUGAGAAACUGCCAGUUCCUUUUGGCUUGGUUCGCUAUGGAGUUGCACCAGAUCACCCAGAAGUGAAGAACUGCAUUAAUACCUUCACCCAGACUGCUGCUAAAGACAGAUUUACAUUUUUGGGCAAUGUUGACAUUGGAAGUGAUAUUACUUUCAGCCAGUUGAGAGAAGCUUAUCAUGCUGUUGUUCUGGCAUAUGGCGCUGCACAAGACCGAGCAUUAAACAUCCCAGGAGAGUCUUUGCCCAAUGUAUUAUCUGCCCGAGAAUUUGUGGGUUGGUAUAAUGGUCUACCUGAAAAUGCAGAUUUGAAGGUUGACUUGAAUGUAGAAUCGGUUGGAAUUAUUGGUCAAGGGAAUGUUGCUGUGGAUGUAGCAAGAAUUUUACUCACACCUGUAGAUAUAUUAAAGGUAGACUGAGGGCCCUGGGACUGACAACUCCUCAGACAAAACACAAUGGAACGAAUCUUAGACAUUUAAAAAAAACCAAUUUGUGACGUCAUGCGCCAAGAGAACACGGCUUCAAACUCGCAAAGAUGUCAUCCAGGACAAAUAAAAGGAUUUACUUAUUCAAACAGAGGGUGGUAGACCUAUGGGAACAGUCUACCAGGUCUAGCUCUAGAAACGAGAUCAUUACUGGGCUACAAAAUAACCAUGUUAAAGACUUUCCAAGAACAAUGGAGGGAUCCUACACAGGCCACUGGCCCUCUUCCCUUGUCAAAGCCACCUCUAGUUUGGAUGGCCAUUGAGUAAAUUAGGUAGGUAGGUAGGUAAACUUGUUCCAUGUUCUCCAUCAAAUCUAAUCUAUGAUAGUUGCACCUAUAUUUGUCACACACUUCUUACUUGCCUUGAUUUUAUCUUUCCGAGAUAGACCUAAAACUUUAUCGAUGGUCACCGUCUUUUCACCAGCCUCAAUAUGCUUUAUCACUUCCAACUUAACAAAUUUUUGCAGCUUUGUUGGGUUUAUCACAGAAUAUUACUGCUCCUCAUUUUAUGUGCUGGUUGUUUUCCUGAUAUCUCUAUAGAGGGUAAAUCACUUUGAAAAUGUAAGAAAUUGCUGAAGAAAAUGUAAGAAAUUGCUGAAUAGUUUUGUUGAAGAAUGGCUUGUAAAGAAUUUUGUUAUGACAUGCUGUAGCCAAUUAAACUUUUUGAAUAUUUAUAACAUUUACUUAAUUUAGAAUUAAUGGAUAAUUAAAAUACUUAUUUCCAGCCAAAAAAAAAAAAUUAGUAGUACUGUAUAAUGUAAAAAGUAUCAUAAAAUGAAAAAGAAAAUCAUAACUACAAAUAAAGGUGUUAAUUAAUUACUGUCAUAAAACUGAAAUUUCAAAUAAUUUUCAUAGAUCAAGGUACACUCGCAACAAAAAGUAUCGGUGCAUACUGUAGUGUGAACAAUUUGAGACCAGUGACGAUAGGUAUUGGGAAAGGCGAGUUGUUCC